UAUCCAUCUUAGACCUCAACAGCCGCACACGAGACAAGAUGACCAAGCGCACAAAGAAGGUCGGUAUCACGGGUAAAUAUGGUACCAGAUACGGUGCCUCCCUGCGUAAGCAGGUGAAGAAGAUGGAAGUCUCCCAGCACGCCCGUUACGUCUGCACCUUCUGCGGAAAGAACACCGUCAAGCGCCAGGCUGUUGGUAUCUGGGAGUGCAAGGGUUGCAAGAAGACCGUCGCCGGUGGUGCCUACGUUGUUUCCGCCAGCGAUCCUCUUGCCCUCGCCGCCGAGCCCGUGCCAAGACCUGACCUGAAAUCGGAGGACAAGUCGACUGACUCUCGAAUCAAGGCGGAUGGCGUGGCGGAUAUUGAGGAUCGUGGUCAAAUCGCCCAGUUACUCCCCUGCGGCCAUGUUUUGCACAAUAAUUGCCUGAAACCCUGGGUCGAACGGGCCAAUAGUUGCCCCAUAUGCCGCCGCAACUUCAAUGUCGUGGAACUGCGGGAGCGACUUGGAGGUCCCGUGCUCUCGUCUUAUCCUGUUGAAGACCGAGUCCAGAUCGCAGAUGUUGAUCCGUCUAUGGUCAUUGAAUAUAUAGCAAUGGAUGAUAAUGAUUUCACCUAUCAACCUUGCGCAAUCUGUGGCAAUGCCGAUAAUGAGGAGCUCCUGAUGCUAUGCGAGGACUGUGAUGUCCCCACGCAUACGUACUGUCUCGGGCUAGAUAGUUUGCCGGAUGACCCUUGGUACUGCUCGCGGUGUCACACCCGCCCGUCUUCGGAUAGACCCUCUCGACCCCGAGCCCGCGGCGGUCACCGGACAAGAGCACGGCAGCUCAGCGUCCAGAGUAGGAAUCAAAUGAACUCCCUCCACUGGGCGCGGGUCUGGCAGUCGGUAUGGGACCAUCUGAACCUGGACCUGGACUUUCCGUUCGAUGAUGACCGCGCCGUUGAGCGGGCGGUACAGCAACAACGACGCGAGCAAGCCAACCAGAGAGAAUUCCGUGCCUGGCAACGUCGGUUUCAGGUGGCCGAGAGACAGGGCGGUGGCCAGCGAUUUCGAGACACCGCUGCUCUUCUGGACAUCGAAGAACCUCGGCCAUCGCGUCCGCGUGUGCCAAGGGAGCCCACUCCCGAACCGGAAUCGCUUGAGGAAAUGCGGGCAUGGAAUGCCUUCGAACGUGCUCGGGAAAUCGAGAAUGACCCCAGCGCAGCCAGAAAACGAAAAGAGCCCACACUCUCCCCUUCCCCUGAGCCGACUGAACCGGAACGCAAGCUGAAGCGACCGCGAACCCGCAGAGCGCAGGAUUUGGCUGCCGCCGCUUGGCAAAACGGCGAGUCUUCCAGAACGGCCAGUGCGCAAGUCUCUGCUCGGAUCAACGCCGAAAGCUCUGCCGAGCCAAGUUUCCUCCAGUCGCUUUUAAAGGAGGUAGAGGAUGCAUCCAGUCCGCAAGCCGGCCCUUCUGGCCAAGCGUCUGCUGCGCUCACUGAACACAACACGGAAUACAACAACACCCCUGGACCGUCUUCUCCUUCCCUCUCGCCCGUCGCUUCAAACCAAUCCUCUCCCCUCGUUUCCUCCGCAACACCGCCGCCGCAUCUUCGGGGCCGGCCCAUCUCCCCGAUCCAACUCACAUCCCCGAAUCUGCUGUCCUCCUCCCCAGCCUUCUCACCCGACAUCUCACCGGCUGGAUCCCAAAGUGAACCGCGGGACGAUUCCCCGUCGCGGCAUCCACCGCGCCUCCGCCGAAUCCCUCGAGCAUACUCGUCCAGGCUGGCGCGGUCGACGGAAAGUUCACCGCAUCGUCCGGGGCUGUCCCUUGGUGUCAAAUCGGAUAUCCAGAAACUGGUGGGGGCGUCUUUGAAACCGUAUUAUCGGUCGAACGUGGUGUCCAAGGACGAGUUCACGGAGAUCAACCGAAAGAUCUCGCGCAUGCUCUACGACCGAGUGGCCGGAUUGGAGACGCUGGAAGGGCCUAUGAGGGCGAGUUUAGAAAGCACGGCGCAAGACGAAGUGGAGAAGGCGAUUGAUGCUCUGCACCCGAGCCGGGAGCACACCCACGGCCAUGUUGAUGACAGUUCUUGA